CCCCUACCCCUCAGACCAUGCUUCACCUCCCAAUCCAUCCCACCAUGAAUGCCUCCCAUGCUGGUAGCAUCAUGGAUUUUGGCUUCCUGGCCAGCAGGAAAACCCGAAACCAUGGGAGUUUUGGCAGUGAAAUUGAGUUUCAACCUCAAAUCUGUGUUGAAGAUGGUGUUGGGGCCAGCUCACCGCCCUUAUGGAACAGGAAGAAUAUGUCAGAAAGUACUCAGAAUCAAACCUCACAUCUGCUGCCUCAUGAUCACUGUUUCAGUCAUCUGUCACGGGCAUCACUACUAGAGAGGAUUGCGGAUGGCAGGAGAGAGCUUAUGGAGAUGGUUAAGAACAUGUCUGAAUCUACUUAUGAACUCUCCCUCAAAGAUAUUGUCGAUGAGCAGCACACUUCACAGGAAGAUGAAGAAGAAGGUUCAGUUGAAGACAGAAGUACGAGUUUCAACUCUGAAAUUGAACUCUUGCAGCAGAGGAGCAAGACAAAGAGGAAAAACAUUAAGUCGCCUUGGAUAACAAGGAGUGCAAGCAUGGAAAAAGAGGUUUUUCUUCUCAAGAUGUUCUUCCCAACUUCUCUAGGAAUGAAAAGGAAACCAGCAGUGGGAAACGGUUCAAAGGUUUCUCAGAAGUCAUUGUGUGACAAUCCUGAAGAUAAUGUGGACAAGGAGUGGUGGAAGAAAAGAUUCCUAGGUGCAGGUCAAAGCAAAAACAGUGGAAAGAAUGGCAUCUGGGGAAGCAGUGGUAGCAGCAGCAGAAGCAACAGCAACAAAAGCAGGCAAACUAAUGGCGUAGUCUUACCUGGUUGCUGGCCCUUUUUCCACCCCAAGAAAGCGAGACCAGAGGACUGAGAGGAUUACUCUCAUGAUAGAAAUACAAUAUGAAGGUUCUAGCAAAUGUAUUCUAAUAUUGAUAGAGCAUACUCAGAGACAUGGAAAAAAGAAGUCAUUGCAUUAGAAAUCAGCAAAGUAAUUCUUCUA